AAAAACCAGGAAAGCUGUUAGAUAUCAUACUCAAAGCCUUCAAAGGAGUGGGUGAGGGAGUUGUCCAUUUGGGACAUUUCCUUAUCGACCAUCACUCCAUUUAUAACUAUCACCAACGAUCUUCAUUAAGAGGGAUUUUUUUAAAAAAGUCACCAUAACCAAAGGGAGAGAGAGAGAGAGAGAGAGAGAGAGAGAGAGAGAGAGAGAGGGAACAUAGAUUCUAGAUAGGGUUUGGUUAAUUUGUGACUUGACGGUUGAAUUGUUUACAUUUAUAAUAUUUUUAUGCGUUAGAUGUGAAUAUAUCGUUUAUCUCUACUGCCUGCCACCCUUCGCAGAAGCAUCAACCGGUAGUACUUCUCACAAGGGGUUUUGGAUUUAGUGGUAGUGUUGGGCUAUGCAGUCUGUAGAAAUCCAAUCUUUCAGGGUGGUAGCAGUUGCAGAUGGAUGAAGAGUAACAAGCCAAAACAAUAGCUCAAGUGAAAGGCUAAGCAAUCAUUUUGAUUAGUACAAGAAAGCUGUAAGAAUAGGGGAAAAAACAAAAGUGGAAGAGGAAAAUCCGAACGUCUAGGAAUCUGGAUUUCCAGGGUAAUUAUCUGCCCCCUCAGAGGCCUGUCCACCAAGUUAGACACAUAAUACCGCAAGAAACACAGCAACAAUCUCCAGGCACAACAGGUGCUCAUUUUCAACAUCUUCAACCUCAACAAAACCAACCACCAUAUGGACAAGAAGAAGUAGAGGCCAACAGACAGUCUUUGAAACAAACCAGUACUUCAAAAUAUAGAGAAAGGAUGGGAAUGAAAAGCGCUGAAGGAGAAAUAGUUCAAGUCCAAGGAGGCCACAUUGUUCGAUCCACCGGCCGAAAGGACCGCCAUAGCAAGGUCUAUACUUCAAAAGGUCCUAGAGAUCGCAGGGUCCGGUUAUCAGCCUACACUGCCAUUCAAUUCUAUGAUGUUCAAGACCGGCUAGGCUAUGACCGACCCAGCAAAGCAGUGGAUUGGCUCAUAAAGAAGGCAAAGUCUGCCAUUGACAAGCUUGCUGAGCUACCGCCAUGCCAUCCAAAUGUUAGUAACACUGCGGCCAAUACUAUGUUAGACGAGCCUAAUCUAGGCUCAAGUGGUGAAAUACCAAUACAAGAUCAGUCAGGGUCGUCUGGAUAUAGCUUUCAGAUCCAUAGGCAAUUGGGUGAUAACACAAACAAUGAUUCAUCUUUCAUUGCGCAGCCUUUAGACACUGAUUCAAUAGCUGAUACCAUAAAAUCUUUCUUCCCUACAAACACCACAAACUCAUCAAUCAACUUUCAGAACUACCCAGAUGAUAUAAUCUCAAGAACUACAAUCCACACAGAAGAUCUUGGCCUAUCACUUCAUUCGUUUCAAGACUCUGGUCUAAUCCAUGGACAGUCACGGGGAGACACAAGCCACACACCUUCAACCGAUCAGACCCUUUUCGCAGGCUCAGCUUCAGUGGGGUUCGAUGCCAACUUUCAUCGAUUGGUAGCUUGGAACAAUAACUCAAGCUCAGAAAAUAGAGAUGGUAGUUUUAUGUUUAACUCGCCUUCGUUGUCACAACAAGCGGCAUUAGCAUUUUCUGAGAGGGGGCCCCUUCAGUCCAGUUUCAUGCAAUCAGUUCGGGCUUGGGAAGAUCAUACUAUGGGCUCCACAGACCACCAAAGCACACAUGAAAUUCAACAGUCUUCAAUUUUCGGUUGUCGCUUUGUAUCUGAUAGAUUGCCAGGAUUUAACAUUCCUGCCAUAAUUCAUGGUGAAGACGAGCACAGAGAAAGGCCAUCCUCUUCUUCUCCCAAUUCUCACCAUUGAAUCUGUCCCAAGGUACUUGUUUCUUUUUUCAAAUUUUGUGCUUAUUGUAUGCGUGAAUCCUAGACUCCUGGUCCUAGAAAAAGUUUCUUUAUGAGCAAAUUAAGUGAUUAUUUCACUCAAACCCUACAAGCAGAUAUUUUGUUACCCAGAGCCCUAUAAGUGAUAUAUCCAUCAUUAACAUUAAUCAAUUGCAAGGAGAAUUUCAAACUUUA